AUGUAAGACGAUCGAGUUCUGGAGCGUAGUCCAUAAGAUACAUUAAGAAUCCCACCACGAUUAUCAAUGAUGGAUAGGAAAUGUAGUGGUCGUUUUACAUUUGUGAAGACUUAGGCUGAGGAACAGAAGGAAUCAGUUCAAAACAAUAUGAAUCGAAUAAAAUAGCAAUUUAGAUGUUAACUUAACUCCAUAAUAAACAAACCCAUCUAACCUCUCUAGAUAAGGGAGGAACAACUAUUUGAGUUGGGUAAGAAAUUGGACAUUGAAAUAACACCCAGUGAUGUUGAAAACAUUGUACCAAAUACAAAGGAGUUUUUUGAAGAAUAUGAGAUGCAUGAAAGACUGGGUGAAGGAUGUUUGGGAUUGGUGAAGAGAGUUGUGUAAAAGAAGACAGGACAAGAAUUCGCAGUAAAAAUUGUGGCUACCUAAGAUGAUGAGAUUAUAAGGAAUGUAAAUAUGAUCAAUGAGUUUAAGAGAUUGAUAAAAUUAUCACAUGCCAACAUAGUUAAAGCAUACAAAAUGUUUUUGGAUUUUGAUAAUGGAUUCUAAUCUGAAAGUCAAGCCUACGUGAUAUUGGAGCUCAUAAAAGGGAAAGAAAUGUUCGAAGUAAUAAAUGAGGCUGGACAUUACAGCGAGCAUGAUGCAAAGGAACUAUUCAAACAGUUGCUAAGUGCAAUUGAAUACAUGCAUAGAAAUGGGAUUUGUCAUAGGGAUUUGAAACCUAAUAAUAUCCUCUGUCUCUCAGACAAGAAGUUGAUAAAGGUCACAGAUUUUAAUGUUAGUAAAUUCAGCGAUUCAUACAAGGAAUUUGGUAAUCUUUAGGACACCGAGAAAAUUGAGAUGUGGACCUAUACAGGGACUGUGGCAUUCUCAGCGCCAGAGAUCUUCACUGGGGAAGGAUACAAUCAAAUGGUUGAUAUGUGGAGUGCUGGAUGCAUAUUGUACUCAAUGUUGUCUGGUUAAUUGCCAUUCAAUGCAGACUAUUUGAACGAUCUAAUUGAAUCUAUUAAAUUGGCCAAAUAUGAGUUCCCUGAAGAAAUCUUUUAGGAAGUCUCAAGUGAAGCCAAAGAUCUAAUUUAGUAAUUGCUUCAAAAGGAUCCAGCUAUGAGACCACAUCCUGAUGAGGCUCUCAAUCAUCCUUGGUUUUCAGAAACCUUUGUGAGAAAAAGUUUAAGACAUCUGACUAUAAAUAAAAACAUCUCUCAUCUUUCAUCUAGGAAUUCUAAUAAAUUGAAAUAAAGGACCAUUCUCUUAAAGAGAGGACAUUAUGCAGGUUCUAGUGAUGGAGAGGAAGGAUAUACAACUGAGGAGAUGAAAAUUAAGGGUGCUGCUCGAAAAAGUCUGUUCAAUACUGCCAUGGCUCCAAUAGAGUUGCAAUCAGAUAAUAAAUGCUUGAAAGUGUAAAAUGCAGUGCUUCGCAAGUCACAUACAACUCAUAUACAUGAUUUUACAUAAUGUGAUGAAUAGUGA